UCGUCAUCACCUUUUCCCUUUUUAAACUGAAUCUAUCAUUUAUAAAAUGUCAAAGAAACUCCGGAUGAAUCUUAGACUUGGUCUUAUCGUGGUACUUAUUGCAAAGGUCAUUUGUUACCAAGGAGCCAGUUUUGUCAUCGAAAUGGAGGACAUAAGAUUUGAUCUGUGGAUUAUAAGUUCACUGUAUGCAAGAAGUCGCUUAGACUGCAGCAAAACGUGUGAAAUCCAUGGUACAUGUCUGUCUUUUCAGUACUCCCCUCUGAACGGUCAAUGCCGACUUUUCAAUACCAUUUUCCUACAUCAGGAUGCUGGAGUAUCCGACAUCGGAUGGCAGUAUUAUAUCGUAUCUAAUAGGCGCUGUAGAGACCCGUUUAUCGAUGGACGAGUAUUGGAUAUAUGUUUUAUGUUUGCCGGCUUCCACAAUUUGACUGAGGCUAAGACAAAAUGCGCUGCAAAUAAUUCAAAUAUCAUCUCUAUCACAUCAGCAGAGCAGAACCAGUUUCUGAGCAGAUUAGCUGGAACUUUUUCAUAUCUCUCUCUUCCGGGUGCCAGUUACAAGCGACCAUUCAUUCAGGGAUCCUGGGGCGGAACUGCCUGGAUCUUGGACAAUGGGACUCCGUUGGUCUAUACAAACUGGGACAUAGGUCAUCCAAUGAUAACUAGCAACAGACGAUACAUAAAGUUCUUAGACGGACAAUGGAGAGCAACAAUUCCUGAUUUCAUUAGAUCUGUGUUUUGUACUUAUCAACCAUAGAUCUGUUUCAUGCAUAAUACUAUUGCCGGCGUAACGAAGUAUAUUGACCCGGAUUGAAAAUUGACAUUGUGGUCAUAUUUCAACCUUUAAUUUUUUCCGGGGGUGCUUUUUCAACGUUGAAAUUUGAGACCAAAAGUCGUGAAAUUUAUACCCGGGGUCAUUUUUCAACAGCUUGUUUUCCCCUAAUCUCUGGUUAUCUUUUACCGUUGAAAAUGACCUUGUUGAAAAUUGACCCCAGCUACAGAAUUUUGAAUUGUCUUUGAACUUGAACUUGCUCUACGCGAUUUAACUAAAUAUACUUGAAAUUUUCAGACACUUUUUGUUAGGUAUUGGACAUUUCUGAAGUACUAUAUAAAACCAUUUCAUUAAUGGAAUUUUCCUCUUUAAAAAAUAUACAGAGCGGGACUGCACCGAAACCCUACUUUUAAGCAAGAUCAUCUAAAACAAUGAGCUACAUUUUUUGUAGUGCAUUUUUUUUAUUGUAAUUUACCACCGCAGUAAAAAAUAAGAUUGUGAUGAAAUUGAUAUCAGUUAAUAUUUAUUAGUUUAAUGAGAAAUUGGUGCUUCUGAUUGUUCGAAAAAUUUCUUUGAUACCUGCAUCAAUAAAUUUU